UUAUUGUUUAAUGUAAGAUAUAAGUAUUGAAAUAAACAGGAUAAAACAUUUCUAAAUGAAUAAUUAUAGCUAAUGAUUAUUAAGUUAUUAAUUUGAAGCAUGACUAAAAGAGGACCCCAAAAAUGCUCUUAAAAAUGCAAUAUGUUAAGUAACAUACAAACAAGGAGUCUUUGGAUUUGUAGGUGGCAUCAUGAAAAUAUAAAACUACCCAUGCUAUGGUAUAUAAAGCGACUGGAUAUAUAUCUAAGAUGAUUUAAUAUGGUAAAGUAGAUUUAAUAAUGUCUUGAGAAGCCAAAAUAGCUUAAGCGUGAAAGGUGUUUUUUCCUCUAAUUAAACGUGUGGAACUGAACAUGUUUAUCAUCUGAUGGAAAACAGGUCUAAUGAGUUCGACCGAACGGAUCUGAAGCUAUUAAAACAAGACAGCUCAGUGGUUACCGAAGGUGUUAAACAACAUGCAAGCGCAUAUGACUGUGCCAGUAAAGUUAUCACAUUUCACCUGUGGAAGUAAAUGGUGAGCAGUUUUAAACUAAAGGAUAUCUCAUCCACACCGAGCAUUAUGGGACAUCUUUGGCAUUUUGUUUUGCCAUUUUUCAUUCUACUCAAAGCGUCGUGUCUGGCAAAUAUGCUUCGUUGUGAAGAAGGACAAAGUGGACCCACGUACGAGUCUCUACAGGAAGUCAUCGACAAGAAGUCCUUCAGACCUUCUGUCAACCUCAGCACUCCCACCAUAACCAACAUCUCCUUCACUCUCUACGCUAUCUUGGGAGUGAAUGAAAAAACACAAAUUCUCACCACGUUCCUCUGGCUCAGGCUGUACUGGUUCCAUGAAUUCCUCAUAUGGGAUGAAGAAGCCUGUGACGGCAUUACGAAGAUUUCACUUCCUGUCAAAGAUCUCUGGAUGCCUGACAUUAUUGUUUAUGAGUUUGUGGAUGACGAUGUCUCUCAGGCCUGUCCGUAUGUGUAUGUGAACCACACGGGCCACAUCCGCUAUGACAGGAUGUUGAGGCUGGUUAGCGCCUGUAACCUACAGAUCUUCAGUUUCCCUUUCGACGUACAGAACUGCUCUUUCACCUUCGGCUCCUACAUGCAUACCAUAAGGGACGUCCGUGUCAGUCCUGCCCUGUCCUUCCAGGAGAUGACGGCAAACUCGAAGAGUUACCUGCAGGCCAGUGGAGAGUGGGAGCUGGUGGUCAUCUUGGGCAAAGCUGAUAUUUUGAAGUUCGGAAUAGAUGAAUGGGACAUCAUCACUUUCUGGGUGGUGAUCAAGCGAAGGCCGAUACUGUAUGUGGUGAACCUGAUCAUCCCCAGCUCCUUCCUCAUGAUCAUCGACAUCCUGUCCUUCUACUUGCCGCCGCACAGCGUGGACCGAUCCUCUUUCAAAAUGACGCUUAUUCUGGGAUACACAGUCUUUCUUCUCAUUAUGAACGAUCUGCUUCCCAGCACUGCUAACGGGACGCCUUUAAUAGGUAUCUAUUUCUCUGUGUGCCUGGCACUCAUGACUAUAAGUCUACUGGAGACGGUCCUCAUCACCUGCGUCCUCCACCACAAUUCAAUGAAAUACAGGGAGGUGCCGCACUGGGUUCAGGUGCUGGUGAUGCGCUUUAUUGCUCGACUUAUUUGCUACAGUUUCCCUGAAGACCCUUUAGCCAAGCUAGAAGAGAAACAAGAAACCAACCCAUGGGUCAUCAAGCCCUCAGAAUCAACGUCCAGUCAGCAGACGUCCACUAAUGCGUCUGGAUCCAUGACACUGGAUGUGCCUGAAUUAAGACAGAUCAGUCAGGAUCUUAGAGAGAUGAACACUUACUUGUCCAUUUUACGAAAAGAAGACCAUCUACAGAACCAGUGGUGUCAUGUGGGCUACAUCCUCGACUUCCUUCUCUUCCGCAUUUACCUAUUGAUAAUCACGGGAUAUGCGCUUGUGAUCAUAUGCAUGUGGUGCAUUUGGAUGAACCAGUAGAAAGAGUACAGGCUACUAGAAAAGAAUGGUUUAUAUAGGCUUUUGGUUGUUUUAUGUAGAAACUGACAGAUAUUGUUUUAUUUCUCCAUAAUUAAAUAUUGGUUUUGUAAAGCCACCAAUGAAUGGUUCGUUUAUUCAUAUCGGUUAUCGGUAUAUAAAUAUACAAAUAAUCUGUAUUAGUUAUAACAUGGUGACCAUAUGUCCACUUUUCCCGGCCUGGUCAGGACCAGGCAUUUCCCGAUUUUUCUUAUUGAUGUUCUCUUAUACAUUAUAUAAACAUGUAUUUCACAUAACUGUUCUCUGUAGUUUCCUCCUUUUUACAUUGUGUACUUUUCAGUCAUUACUUUGUACAAGUAUUAAACCAAUAUUAAAACAAAACCCGAUAUAAUAACCGAUAUGCAUAACUGAACCAUUUAUCGGUGGAUCUG